AUGGCGCAACAUUUCAAGAAACUUACUGACUGCCCUGAAAACCUUAGGGAGGCCAUCGACUGGCUCAUACAGGUUAGGCAUGGUGGUGAUGGUAAAGGUCUUGAGAAGUUGGCUAAAGCUUUGACAAUAUUGAUUGGUGAGGCUAUAAGUAAUGCUACUAAGAGCUUUGAUGACCGUCAAAAGCAACUUGAAUGCGCUGAUAAAUCAUCUGAUCAGCAUUCCCAUCAUUGCACUAGUCUCGAUAAACAAAUUAAGGAUGCCAAAGAAAAAUCCGAUGACUCAAAGGCUCUUAAGAUUGAAUCCGACAAAAAGAAGCACAUUGAUGCAGAUCAUUCUCUUACUGAGGAUGCCAGAAAAAAAGCAUUGAAUGGUAUUACUGACCAUAGGAAUCAACUUAAUGAACUUCAAAAUAAGCUUGAACCAUUUUUUAAUAAACUCAACAAAACUACGAGAAAUGAUCGUGAUAGCAUUUUGCAUAACCUUUGUUCCGGCCUCGAGACUUUCCUCGGCUUCAACGCUGCAACCAAAGGCUACACUGGCAAGGGCAUUGUUUAUGCCGAUCUUGACCGGCUAUGUGAUGCAGUUAUGGCGUUUUUGUACGGGGUGUUGGAGAGGUGUCACAAGUUGUUAAAACACUAUAAUAGGGAUAUUGAUGAUAAUAUUCGUAAAUUGAAGAAUGAGAUAGAUAAGGGUGUGGGUGUUAAAAGUUUUGGCGAGGCCAUUGAGAAUGUUAAAGCGGGGCUGAAUGGGUACGAGAAUGAGUUUGGCACUAGGACUCAGAAUGUAAUUAACGGAGUGUCGACGUAUCUAUCUCUUUUAGGAGGACAUAAAGCAUAUUUUGAUACAAUUCCCGACAGGACAUUAGUUAAAAUCAAUAAGUAUGUUGGUAUAUAUAUUAGAGAGGGCAACAAGCUCAUGGGCAAGCUCAUUGGAGAUGGAGACACAAUUCGAGUCAUUGACGCAGAAUUGAAAAUCAAGUUAUAUCACUCAAUAGAUGUAAUAUCACAUUCAAUAAAAAACCUCGAGAAGGUGUCGCAAGACGAUACCCUCUUACGAGCUGUGAAUGCUUUACAGGGAACACUGGACAGUUUGCCCGGACAAGUUGAAAAUUUUAUAAACACGAAUAUUGGCACGACUGUUAAAGGUUAUGAGGUAAAAGUAGAAGAGUUUAAAAAGAGUGUAAAAGAUGAAAUUGAAAAAUCUCGUGACACUUUCCUCACCGAACGUCUCAAGCAAGCUCAAAUAGAUUUGCACAAUGCUGUGCGAUGUGCAAACAAAAACGCUUCGAACCUGGGAGGAUUGAGGAAUGAAACGGUUAAAAUGGCCGUAGAGGCGAUUCAAACGCGAUUAAAAAGUGCGGACGAGGAUGUUAACGAUGAAGCUUCGUUGAAAGCGUUGAAAAGUGAUACUGUUGAUAAUCAGAUCACAAACAUAACGGGAAAGCUUAAUGAGGAGAAAUGUUCGCUGGAAGUUAAAAACACAAUUAAGAGUCUACAAGUGUAUAUUGGCGAGCCUGAUGUAAUGUUUAAUGAAGCUCAUCAGAUCGAGUUGGGAAAAUUGGUUAUACAAGCGCAAACCAAUUUAAAAGAAGCUCUUAAAUGUGCUCAGGAGAAUGCCAAGAAUAUGGGGGGAUUAAAGAAUGUAAAGGUUGCGGGGGUGAUAGGUAACAUUCAAAAGAAGUUUAUUGAGGUGGAUAAUAUUAAAAAGAUGAGAGACUUACAGGAAUUGGAAAGCGAGUUCAUGAAAGGGGAGAUUCAGAAGAUAACAGAAGUACUUAAUUAUGAAAAUGCAGCUGGCGUUACAACCAAAAUAAACAGUUUACCGAAGAAUAUGGCUACUCCUAAAAAAAUUUUCGAUACAACUCAUGAACAAAUAUUGACUUCUCUAGCUAAUAAAGCCCAAAAGGAAUUGUUGGAAACCGUCAAAAACACCAGUGAAUGCAUCCAAACGCAUGGAGUGCUGCAUAAGGAAAAAAUUAAGAAGGCUCUAGAAGGAAUAGAAGAGGCGUUACGCGAUAUUGAAACGCCAGGUGUAGACAUAGAGAGGUUGUAUCAAGUGGUUACAGGCGUUGAAGAGCAGCUCAGUCAGCUAGAAAGCAAGGUUGAUUCAACCUUACAAGCAACGGUAAAACCGGCUAUUCAGAAAUUGAAUGCUGAUUUUACUCCUGUUAAGGCGACCGUAAAUAAACGCGAACCAACAAAUAACGCUGAAUUGAUCUUUCUAAUAACGGCGACGAAGAUGUAUGCUAUUGACGCACUUCACCUGGCUGAGAAUUAUUCGGUGGAUUCCACAGGAAAUUCCAAGGAGGAAAUAGUUGAAAUCGUGAAUGUCAUUUUAAAAAAUCUGAAAUCAUUAGAUGGCGCCUUCUCAAAAAUUGAUAUAGGUCAGUUUCACAUAACCAUAAAUCCGAAAUUUGAGCCUCUCAAAAAAAAUAAUGUUUCUUAUAGUGGAAUAAGUAAGGCGCACCUCGACAACCUAGGAAUAGAUGAUCUAACCACGAAAAUUCAGCAAGCUGAAAAGAGUCUUAUCCGUGAUAUGGUUGAGUCAGCAAAGCCCAAGAUCAAUUUUUAUUUUACUAAUUCCAAAAGUCUAGCAGGGCAGAUUGACAAAAGUGAUACCACAGAACUUAAAAGUACAUUAGUAGAGCUGGAGAAAAAGUUGGAAAAUCACACUCAGAUCAAAGAUGUAAAUGAGUUUUACACGCUGGUGAAUAAGGUUUGCGCUGAAUUUGAGAAACUCAGAACGCCGCAUGGUUCGUCUUCCGAUCCCACUUUUAAAAGUUUGCUUAGUGUAAUUCUAGAGAUCGAAAAGCCUGCAUGGAAAGCACUUAUCAAAACCGAAAGCAACAUUUUUCAAACGACAAUAAACUUCGCCAGGGCUGCGGUUAGCGCUGCGGUUGAGAAGGCUAAGAAGGAUAUUAAAGCAGCGGAGGAUGAGUAUCAGAUAGAGAUAGGCCGUAUACGUUCACGUAUUGAAGGUGAAGUUGAAAGUAUUCAAAAAAAAGCAGGAAUGGAUCAACUUGGCCAAGUCACAUCUGGCAUUUCCCCCUUAUUCGCAACAAUAACCGAAACAAUAACCAAUAGAUCAGUCUACUCGGAAGACUUGAGAGAACGAAUGAAUUACUUUGGUGCGCUCAAAGACUUAAUCGAACAUACAAUCAAAACUCUCGAAACGGCUUACCAGAAAGCAUAUCAGAGUGCAGCCAAAUCCUACCUCAGUGGAGCGAUUGAUAUGAUUAAUACGACUGUGGAGGGGGCGGAAAAAACGUAUGAGGGUGCUGUCAAUUCGCAUAUCCAGGCAAUUAGGGAGAAAGUUCCUCAGCUUGCUCAUGAGAAAUUUACCAGAAUUGAAGAAAGAGAGAAGUUGAAAACCUUGUUCGAUGCUGACUUUGAUACUUUGCAAAAACAGAUCAAAGUCAAUUCUGCCUUUAGUGAUGAUUUUAAUGCCCGUAAGACCAUUUUCGACAAUUUGCAAAUCUUAAUCAAGCAUACCGUAGAAAACCUCAAUGCCGCUUACCAAAAGGCCUAUCAAAGUUCGGCCCAAAAAUAUCUCGCUAAGGCUAUUAAAGAUAUUAGAUCGAAGAUUGCAGAUUCGGAGCGGAUGUAUGUGGAUGGGGUAAUGGCUGAGGUUCAGGCGGUUGAAAGAUUGAUUUCUGGACUUGAAGUUAAAAUGUUUAAAGUUGCAGGGCAGAGAAAGGGGUUAGGUGAUAGAUUUAAUGCACCUUUAGAAAUUUUACAAACUGCAGUCGCAAGCAAAUCUGUUUUUAAGGAGGAUUUAGAUGCCCGAACUAACUGUUUUCAAAAUCUCAAAUCUUUAUUAAGUAACACUGUAAAAACUCUAGUUGACGCGGCAAAUACUUUCGACAAUUGUGCUGAACGGGUGGAACAUUAUCUCACGGAAUCGCUUAAGGAUGCAUCAAGAAGGAUCAAUGCGCUAGGAUCCAACAUCAAAAAAGAAGUAAAAAAUGCUUUCGAUGAAAUUGUUUCACACGUCUACGAUAUGUAUUCCAAAGACAAAAUUGCUCAGUUAGACGCUGUGCAAGAAUGCAUCACGGAGCAGUUGGAUAAAAUUAAGAGCAUUAUAGAAAAGGAUAAAAAAACUAGUAUUAAAGGGCUCCUAAAGACGGUUAGCGGUUUGAACACGAAUUCUAAAGAGCUUUAUAAUAGGCUUGAACAACUCAAAGAUAAGCCGUCUAUCGAAUUAUUGGCUCCAGCGGUCAAAUCAUAUUUAGACUUAAUUUUAAUAUAUGCUUGGAAUGAUAUGGGGACAUUAUUGUAUACUGAUACUCUACAGAAGAGAUCGUAUCAGUUUAAAGGUGAGAAAAUUAAAGAUAACUUCAACGAAUUGUUGAACCAUCUUGCUACAACAGACAAAAUAUAUAACUACGAUCAUACGUUUGUUAAUUUGCUCGAAAAGCUUAAAGACGUUUUGAACGAUUUAUCUCCUCAGGAAUUCGGUGCCAUGGCAUAUCCAGUCUUCGAUGCUCUCAGAAAGGGAUUGAACGGUUUCACCGAGCAAUUAGGGUAUGUGUACAUAAACAAAUACGUUGGAUCUAAACCAAUUGAGUGGCAUGUAGAUAAGCAACAGACGAAGCUUAGCCAAGAUGCAACGCGCUGCGCCAAGAUAUUCCUCACCCUCAUACCGGAGUGGCAUAAGCAUAUACCCUAUCUCAAUAGGGAAUGUAAUAAAGGUUGUACCGACAAAAAUAUAUCACUGCAAGAACAGAAAAUGAAUAGUGGGAUCACAAAGAUUGUUACAAAUCCCCUCGGUCUCUGGUUUGAUUGCCGUGGUUACAAGGUAUCUGGGUUCGACAAGCAAGAGGGUGAAUUGAGAAAUAACAGUGGUUGCACAGGUAAAAAGAUCGGUGAAAAUCUUAGGACAUUUUUCGACAAAAGAAACACUUUUGGCAAUCUUUUGUACUACCUUUAUGAAUAUUAUAAAGUCUGCCACGUCAAAUAUAUCCCUAGCCCCAAGCCUCCAACAACAAUCUGUCAGAUGCUGCACUGGCUCUGUGGCCUGGAGUAUACUCCUAUGUACGAAAACGUGAAAAGUUACCUUCAGGAGUGGUUUAAUGAUUUCAAAAAAGAGCAUGAGAUCGAGAAAGCAUUACCGGCCACCGUACCAAAGAGAACAGGUCACGAGGUCGUCACAGACUUCAAUCUCGGUAAUCUACUUGGGUCUUACCAAAAUGUCACCAUACGUGCAUCUGAGGUAUUGCUUGCCAUCCUUGGAUACGGAGACGCAGACGGGCGUUACGCCUGUGAGUUCUACACCAACCCAUACAAUCUAUAUUACCCGACUGACAAGGCCAAGUGCUUUGAUAUGCUGGUCGACAUUUGCUUGAGACUGAACCACCAAUUGCGUUUCCUGUAUAUGCAGUGUCACAACGGCACCCGUAGCGGCGGUUGGGCUGACUGCCGAUAUGGUAAGAACAUUGCAGGGUCGGCGUGGAACUGCAACAGGUUGCAAUGUGUUGAGCAAGGCUGUGACCAAAACUGCAAAUGGCAUAAUGACUGCGGCGUCAAGUCACCGCUACAAUCGUUCCUAGAAGACGGCCUGAAAGGCUUCUUGCCACAUCAGUUCACCUCACCCAGUUGCAAGCUAGAAUGUUCGGUAAAGAACCACAACGGCAUCCCGUGUAAGACGCCGAUGGGCUUUGCUGAUAUAAGCAUAACGGCUUCGUGGACCAGGACUGGACACGAUAUUAAGAAAGUGCUUGACCCGUACUGCGGCACACUACCGGAUUCACUGAGCCUACUGUGUGCCUACUUCCUAUGUCUGCUGCGCCGACCGCCUCAGACCCUGUGUGACAUGUUCGCGUUUUAUGAGAACUUCUUUGAGCAUUGGAGCGGGCAUUAUGAUAGCAUGCGCAAGGAACACGUCAAGAAGCAUAAGCACGAUGCAUUUUUUGCUGCCGUUGCGAGUGCUAAUUUCGGAGUUGAAUUCGACGGGUUGGACCCUACCACCAUGUUCGGCAGCAGCAGUCAUUCUAGCGCUGCUACCACUCACCUCAAAGGUGACCUGUUUGCUAUUGUUAACUGCAAACCAAAUGAGAACCCAGUCCAUCCAUGCGGGUCAUACCUGCAGCCACUAUCGUAUGAGGUGCGUUGCGUAUUCACCGAGAAACUCGCCGCCGACUAUCUGUCAUGGAUUGUCUACAUAACUGAAACGUUUUACAAUUUACUUAAUGACCUGUAUAACAAAUGCACUAAAUGUUGUAUCCAGCAACAAGCAGACUGCUAUGGCAGAAUAUGUGCCAAGGGUUGUACAGUGGACUCCACUACUGAAGCAGCUGAAAGUAAAAAGCUCACAGAUAAAACGCAUGGAGAAUUGUGCAACUCAAUUGUCCAAUGCGCCGGUAUCCAUCCAACGAUAUAUGCAGCAGGAUUUACAUUUGGCAGCCCGUGGAGCCUAAGUGGCGAUAACGGCGUCGGCAAGAAACGGUCAUGUAAAGAUUUUUGUACGGCGUUAGGAAUGGUUGUUGCAAAAUAUAAUGCUCUUUAUAACCUUGUGAAUAAGCACAUUCCCGAUUUCCUGUGGGAAAUCAGAUACAAAUUUUUCUACACCCUCGUGGCUCUCUGGGCCUACUCCCUCCUCUACCUCUUGUAUGUCAUCAUCGGACGCCUCGACACUUUCCACAUCCGCUCCCACCUGAGACUGCAAUCAUCGCACAAAAUAUCAGCCCAGUCACUGCUUGCCACUGCACGUCUAAACAACCUCGCCAAGCUUGCUUACCUGCGGACGUGA